AUGGCAAGCACAAGCCAAGUAGUGGUUCCCAAAACAUGGAAUAUCAGAUGCAGCAUUAGUUCUCUAAUUGUUCUUCUCGCCGUGGUGUUUGUCCUUGGCAUUUUUGCUACGACCAAAGAAAGUAGAAGGUGGUUGUUUGAUCAAAAGACUCAGAGAAACACUGACAAGUACUUGUUAUCGCGCUGCGAUUUGUUUUCGGGAAAAUGGAUAUAUGAUGAGAAGAACUACCCUUUAUACAAGGAGCAGCAUUGCUCAUUCAUGUCCUUGUUCAAUGGGGUGGCUUGCGAGAGGUCUGGCCGAAUGGACUUAAAGUACCAGCAUUGGAGGUGGCAGCCUCAUGAAUGUAACCUAACAAGGUUUAAUGCCGUAGCAAUGCUGGAGAGACUAAGGAAUAAGAGGCUUGUGUUUGUUGGGGACUCAUUAACUAGAAACCAAUGGACUUCAAUGGUCUGCUUGUUGGAAUCAUCAAUCGCUCCGACUCUAAAAUCCGUGACCCCAAAGGGGUCCUUAACCACCUUUAAGAUCAAUGAAUACAAUGCAUCAAUUGACCAUUAUUGGGCUCCAUAUCUAGUGGAAUCAACCUCAGGUCAUCCAGUGCACCAUCAUUUUUCAUCGGAGCAAAUUUUAAGAGUGCAGGCAAUCGAAAAGCAUGCUAGGCACUGGACCGAUGCAGAUAUCCUUGUCUUUGAUUCUUACGUGUCGUGGAGAAGGCCAAAAUUUAAGGUUUUAUGGGGAUCAUUUGAAAGCCCAAACAAAACCUACAAAGAAGUCGAAAUGGUACAUACUUUGGAGAUGGCUCUAAAGACAUGGUCAAAUUGGUUAGAGAUCAAUGUCAAUCGUUCCAAGACGAAAAUUUAUUUUGUUAGCAUGUCGGCUAUUCAUUGCAGGGGUGAAGAAUGGGGCAAGAAUAAGGGUGAAAAUUGCUACAAUGAAACUGUGCCCAUCUUGAAAGAGGGAUAUCAUGGAAGUGAAUCAGACCCGAGAAUAAUGCAAAAGGUGGAAGCUGCAAUCGACAAACUGAAAAGAAGAGGUUUGAAAGUUCAAAUGCUUAACAUAACACAACUUUCAGAGUACAGGAAAGAUGCCCACACAACCAUUUACCGGAGGCAAUGGGGACAUUUAACUAAAGAAGAAUUAGCGAAUCCCAAAACCCGUGCAGAUUGCAUACAUUGGUGCAUUCCUGGAGUGCCUGACGUUUGGAACGAGCUCCUUUAUGCUUACAUUUUUCAUUCUUAUAGUCCGAGUUCAAAACAAAGCGAAAUGUCUAAGAUUUAUGAAUCUUCCAAUUCUGAAGUACACACCCGUUAA